AUGGCUGCCCUCAUCGAGCUUUCGGGCCGCUUCCAGAGCCCGUUUAUUCCUCUGCUUGCUGCCCUUCUCAUACUUCUAACGGUGAUGAACUACCGCUCAUGGAACCGUCUCAGACAUAUUCCUGGACCGCCAGGUGCUGCCUUCAGCAAAUGGUGGAUGCUACGUAACACACUGGGUGGGCAGAUGCAUCUCGCCCUCAAGCGAGCCUGUGAUGACUACGGCCCGGUCGUCCGCAUUGGUCCCAACGACUUGGUAACCAAUGACGCGGAAAUGCUUCGUCGGAUGUGGGCGGUUCGUUCGCCAUAUCGCAAGGGCGCCUGGUAUCAGGCCGUCAGAUUCGAUCCUACCAGGGACAACAUCAUCUCUAUGAGAAACGAUCAUGACCACAAUGAACUCAGAGCCAAGAUGGCCAUUGGUUACUCUGGCAAGGAAAAUGAGGGUCUUGAGUCCACCGUCGACAUUCAAAUACAGUCACUCGUCCGGCUCAUUGAGGAGAAAUAUGUGUCCACUGCUGUCAACUUCCGACCUGUGGAUUUGUGCAGGAAGAUUCAGUACCUCACGUUGGACAUAAUCACAUCGCUCGCGUUUGGCUAUCACUUCGGGUACCUCGAGCAAGAUGCCGACGUUCACCGAUACAUCCAGACGACCGAGGAGAGCAUGCCAGUCAUGAUGACACUCACCGUGUUCCCUCAACUGGCAAAACUGCUUCAGUCGCCCCUUUUCCGCCGGGCAAUGCCCUCGGAGCAUGACCGCGUGGGUUUUGGCCAGUUCAUCGCGUGA